UUGGGCUGAACCGGGAAGUAUUUGAGUUACUGGGAGGAUUAUCUCCAAUGUUUGAAUCUGCUGCAUCUUAUUUAAAAUACAGUAGGGUUGAGCAGGAGCACAAUGGUGAUCGCAGGUAACUCUGCUUCUCUGGCGCUGCUCAUAUCACUUGCUUUCUGUGUUGCAGAUGCCAUUCGGUCUUUGAAAGAUGGGCCCAUGAUCAGUCCCGAAGGAAGGGAAUUUAAAACUGGGACAUUAAGAACUGAUGCAGAAAACAUGAGCGGGCCACCACAGGUCAAUGACGGAUCCGCUGUCCGUGUGCAAUGCACAGAGGCGUCCAUGAUCAUCGUGGUGAAGGCUGACCUGUAUAAAAAUGGACGUCUUGUGUCUCCUAGAGAGCUUUUUUUGGGAGAAACCGAGGAUUCACAGAGCAGCCAGUGCCGAGCAGUUGCUGCUGGUGACGCUGAAUAUGUCAUUGAAGCUGGACUGCAAGACUGUGGCUCCAAAUUAACUAUAUCUGAGGACUCUGUGAUCUACUCAAACAAUUUGAUAAUCUCACCAGUUGCCAGUUACCAUGGCAUCACAAGGACGACCCAUGCUGUAGUUCCUGUUUCCUGUCACUAUAAAAGGACACACUUUGUGAGCAGUUACACUCAGCAGCAGCAGCAGCCGCCCCUGACCCUCUCCCCUCCUGCAAAGUAUUCAACAGGACACUUCUCACUCAAGCUGAUGACAGAUGACUGGACAAGUGAGAUGUUCACCAGCGUCUUCUACCUCGGAGACCCCCUGCACCUCGAGGCGUCUUACACUGGUCCCGAUUCAGGACGAAGACGACUCUUCAUCGACAGCUGUGUUGCCACUCUGUCACCUGACGCAACAUCAGUCCCCAGAUACUACUUCAUUGAAAACCACGGGUGCCUCGUUGAUGCAAAAGAGGGAGGAUCGAACACACUGUUCCAGCCCAGAACGAGGGCUUAUUCGCUUCAGCUGCAGCUUGAUGCUUUCCUGUUUCACCAGGAUUCAAGGAACUCAAUAUAUAUCACAUGCCAGCUGAAAGCUACCUCUGAAAUGUGGAAGAGCUGCCCCAUCAAUAAGGCCUGCAAUUAUGAACAUUCAAGAUGGAAAAAUGUGGAUGGGAGUGAUGAUGUGUGUCGAUGUUGUGACAGCACCUGUAGCAGAAGUUGGAACGAUGAGACAAAUCUGAGACGUCUGAUCCCUGCAGAUAUCAUGGCUUGUGGCACUGUAACUCUUGGCCCUUUGACGAUUUUCCCCAGCAAGUAGGCAAAGAACAAAAAUCUGGAAAAUAAACAGUCAAUAUUGAUGAUGUCAUUUUAAUUUUCUUGGCAUGGUGACAUUAAAAUCAACCAUCCUGAAUUAA